CAAAAAAAAAGGAUUGUUUUGAUUUUUGAAUUUUGCUUUGCACGAUUUUUUUUUAAAUAAUCAAUUAUUAUUAAUUAAUGUUUAUAUCGUUAAAAUGCCUGAUUUACUAAAAGAUAUAAAUAUAGAACUAUUCGGCGAUCCGAUGUUCUACCAAAAACCCGUAAAGGAAAUUGAGGAAAAAUGGAAAUUGGUACCGGCUUUUCUUAAAGUUAAAGGCCUGGUUAAACAACACAUCGACUCGUUUAACUAUUUUAUUAAUGUGGAAAUUAAAAAAAUCGUCGAGGCCAACAACAAAGUUACUUGCGAUGCAGAUCCACUGUUUUAUAUCAAAUACACUAAUGUUCAUGUAGGAACUCCAGACGUUGACGAGGGGUUUAACAUAAGCAAACCCACCACACCGCACGAAUGCAGACUGAGAGACAUGACUUAUUCAGCCCCAAUUUCCGUUGACAUCGAAUACACAAGAGGCACUCAAAGGGUGGCAAAAUCUGGCUUUUUAAUCGGACGAAUGCCUAUAAUGUUAAAAUCCUCCAAUUGCGUCCUAAGUAACAAAUCCGAAUACGAGCUAGCAAAAAUGAAUGAAUGCCCUUUGGACCCUGGUGGCUAUUUCGUAGUAAAAGGCCAAGAAAAAGUAAUCCUAAUACAAGAGCAACUCUCAAAAAACAGAAUGCUGGUGGAAGAAGGCAAAUGGGGCAUCCAAUGCCAAGUCACUAGUUCCACCCACGAAAAAAAAUCUAGGACGAUGGUUUUCCACAAGGGCAACAAAUACUUUAUGGGGCACAAUUUGUUCACCGAUCCCAUACCUAUUUCAAUAGUUUUCAAAGCUAUGGAUAUAUUGAGCGAUAGGGAAAUUUGCGAGUUGAUUGGUGUGGCUGAUGUGAAUAAGCUGACACCUACUUUGGAAGAAUGUCACAAGUUGAAGAUUUACACUCAGGAGGCUGCUUUGAAGUAUUUGGGAAGCAAGAUUAUAUCUAAAAGGUAUGCAUCUUCAAUAUACCAAGUGAAAACUCCCACAGCAGAAGCCCGAGAUCUACUAGCAACAACAGUUUUAGCCCACGUGCCAGUGGAAAAAUUCCAAUUCAAAUCCAAAGCUAUUUAUUUAGGCCUUAUGGUAAAACGAGUAAUUCAAGCUCAAUCAGACAAAAAGUUCCUGGAUGACCGUGACUAUUACGGCAAUAAGCGUAUGGAAUUAGCAGGCUCUUUGGUGUCCCUAAUGUUCGAGGAUGUAUUCAAAAGAUUCAAUUACGAAUUGAAAUCCAUAGCCGAGAAAACUAUACCUAAAAUACGUGCCACACAAUUUGACGUAGUCAAAUAUAUGAGACCAGAACUUAUUACAAAUUGUUUGGUUUUUGCAAUAUCAACAGGCAACUGGACAAUAAAACGUUUCAGAAUGGAACGUCUGGGGGUAACUCAAGUAUUGUCCAGGUUGAGUUACAUUUCAGCUUUGGGCAUGAUGACUAGGGUGAAUUCUCAGUUUGAAUCGACUAGGAAAGUUUCAGGGCCUCGUAGUUUGCAACCCAGCCAAUGGGGGAUGCUUUGUCCUAGUGAUACACCUGAAGGAGAAGCUUGUGGCUUAGUAAAAAAUCUAGCAUUGAUGACCCAUAUAACAACAGACAUUGAUGAAUACCCUAUAAUAAGGCUGGUAAGAAAUGCUGGCAUGGAAGAUAUUGGGAUGGUUGCUAGUAUUGCUAUACAUUCCUCUGAAGCUUUUCUGGUAUUUUUAAAUGGUAAUAUUUUGGGAGUGGUAACCGACUACAAAAAACUCAUCAACAUAUUUCGGUUGAUGAGACGUCAUGGUAUGAUAUCGAAUUAUGUGUCUAUAUAUCCCAGUUUUCUGCAUCAAUGUGUCUAUAUUAGUUGCGACGGUGGUCGUUUAUGUAGGCCUUAUAUUAUAGUCCAAAACGGUUGUCCCUUAGUUAAUGAACUUCAUAUAACCGAACUACAGAAGGGCAUUAGGAGUUUUGAGGAUUUUUUAAAUGAUGGCCUUAUAGAAUUCCUAGACGUAAACGAAGAAAACGAUAGCUUUAUAGCCUGUUACGAAAAAGACAUUACGCAACAAACUACCCAUUUAGAAAUAGCCACGUUUACACUGUUGGGUGUUUGCGCUGGACUGGUACCGUAUCCCCAUCACAAUCAGAGUCCCAGAAACACUUACCAGUGCGCCAUGGGAAAACAAGCAAUGGGUACUAUCGGUUAUAAUCAAAGAAACCGCAUGGACACUUUACUUUACAACUUGGUGUAUCCUCAAGCUCCAAUGUGCAAAACAAAAUCCAUUGAGCUGUCUAAUUUUGAUAAGUUACCUGCAGGACAAAAUGCUACUAUAGCGGUUAUGAGCUACAGCGGAUACGAUAUUGAAGAUGCUUUGGUUUUGAAUAAGGCUUCACUCGACAGAGGUUUCGGCAGAUGCCUGGUAUACAAAAACUCAAAAUGUAUCAUGAAAAGAUAUCCGAAUCAAACUUACGACAGAAUCCAAGGGCCUAUGGUAGACGCCCAGACAAAUCAACCUUUGUGGAAACACAAAUGUUUGGACAAUGACGGCAUCGUUAGUCCUGGAGAACAAAUCGAAAACAGACAGGUUCUAGUUAACAAAUCUAUCCCAUCUCUCACUUCAGUAGUACCAGUACCGGGUGCUGCAGCAAACAACUCAGUAGAAUACAAAGACACACCUCUAGGCUACAAAAAUGUGGAACCCAGCUACAUAGAAAAAGUCCUAAUAAGUACAAACGAAGAAGACACCACUUUGAUUAAAAUUCUCUUAAGACAAACUCGUAGGCCUGAAAUAGGCGACAAAUUCAGUUCCAGGCACGGCCAAAAAGGAGUCGUAGGCCUGAUAGUUGAACAAGAGGACAUGCCUUUUAACGAAUACGGCAUUUGCCCUGAUAUUAUAAUGAACCCACAUGGAUAUCCUUCUAGAAUGACUGUUGGGAAAUUAUUAGAGCUACUUUCAGGCAAAGCAGGUACUGUAGAAGGCAAAUUCCAUUAUGGUACAGCUUUCGGUGGCUCAAAAGUCGAAGACGUAGGUGAAGAACUAAUCAAACAUGGCUACAACUAUCAAGGGAAAGAUGUUUUUUAUUCGGGAAUUACAGGAGAACCUCUUGAAGCGUAUAUUUAUUCAGGGCCUGUUUAUUAUCAGAAAUUAAAACAUAUGGUGCAAGAUAAAAUCCACGCAAGGGCUCGAGGUCCUAGAGCGGUACUCACUAGACAACCUACCGAAGGUAAAAGUAGAGACGGAGGUUUGCGUUUGGGCGAAAUGGAGAGGGAUUGUCUUAUUGGUUACGGUGCCAGCAUGAUGUUAGUUGAAAGGUUGAUGGUUUCUAGUGACCAAUGUGAAGUGGAUGUUUGCAACCAAUGCGGUAGGUUGGGGUAUUGCGGUUGGUGUAACAGCUGCAAGAGUUCCGGACAAGUUUCUACUAUAACGAUGCCUUAUGCCUGUAAAUUAUUGCUUACAGAGUUGCAGGCUAUGAAUAUUACUGCUAGGUUAACUUUGAGCCAUUAUUGUAAAUAAAUAAGUAAUUUCGAUUA